GAGACUGACGAUGACGAGCAGUCGUCAGUAAGGUUAAAAAUGGCGCUCGCUGAGGUUUGUGGUAUCAACUCCGUCGUUGAUUUUGGCUAUUCGCGAGAGAAGAAUAAAAUUGACGAUGAGAUCGAGGGGUACACUAGAAAUUUCACCAACAAUCUUCAGUUGGCCGUGCCGCCGUUCGUGAAUCCAGCUGAAACUCUUGGCCGUAUAGCUCAAGGCACCGACGAGACUGGAAAGCACUUGAAAAUCAAAUUCGAUCAUGGGACCACAACUUUGGGUUUCCAGUACCAGGGUGGUAUCAUCCUGGCAGUGGAUUCACGUGCAACGGGAGGGCAAUUCAUUGGUUCAUCUAGCAUGAAGAAAAUAGUAGAGAUCAAUGAUUAUCUCCUCGGCACUCUGGCUGGAGGUGCCGCUGACUGCGUCUACUGGGACCGCGUGCUGGCGAGGCAGUGCCGCAUGUACGAACUCAGGAACAGAGAGCGUAUCUCGAUCGCGGCGGCGAGCAAGCUCAUGUCGAACAUGAUCUACAAUUUCAAGGGAAUGGGAUUGAGUAUCGGUAUGAUGCUGGCUGGUUGGGACAAGCGUGGUCCCGGGCUUUACUACGUCGACUCGGAGGGCACGCGCACCCCUGGCAAGGUCUUCAGCGUGGGUUCCGGGUCGGUGUUCGCGUUCGGUGUGCUGGACUCUGGGUACAGGUGGGACCUGACCGACGAGCAGGCGUACGAACUCGGACGGAGAUCGAUCUACCACGCGACGCACAGGGAUGCAUACUCGGGCGGCAUCAUAAGAGUCUAUCACAUGAAAUCGACCGGCUGGGUGCACAUCUCCGACGAGGACUCCAAGGAUCUGCACUACGCGUAUCACGCUGAGAAAAAAGCAGCUAAGGCAGAACCUAGCACUUCCUCUUAGAUGUAACGUACACGUUCUAGACAGAUUAAUAUGUUCAUGGAAUAAAUCAGAAUAAAAGAUGGUUUCUACUUGUGUAAUUUAUAAUAAAUCAUCGUAUCUUGAUUCCGCGUCUCUUUCAUUGCGUUACAUUCUUUUCGAGCGCAUAACUUUAAUGUUCAUCGGCAAAAUAUGUAUUUGAUAGAUAAAUUAACUGAUUAUCUGUCGUAUAACUUGUAUAUUUUGCUUUAAUCUUGUUCAAUAUUUAAUUGCACUCGAAAUUUUCUAGUAAAUAAGGCAACGAACAGUCCAAAUGUAAAAACUGUAAUGUCCAUAUCUCUCGGCGUGAAAUAAAUUCACACUCUUAGAUACA